AUGACCCACUUCUACCAACCCAUCCCGUCCAAGGAGUCGUCGGCGGCCAGCUCACCGAGGACACGCCAGGCCGACUUCCCUUCCUUUCACUCGUCGCUCGAUGACCUUCAUUCCACCGCCGAAUUUGCAUCCCGGACGCUGUCCCCACCCGCCAAGCGCGAGGCGAGGGUGUGGAAGUGGACGACUGUGCUGCUGGCCAUCGCAGUCGUCUGCCUGCUCGGAUCGCGCUUCACCACGUCGCCUGCGGCACCAGUCGUUGCCAGUCAUCCCCUCGAUGCCGUCACAGAGCUGGCCAACCAGACCGGCCCAGCCUCUGCCUCCACCCCCGCUCCUUCUCCCGCGGCUGCACCCUACCGCCUCGAGGAUGACAUGGUGUUGAUCACCAAGUCUGGCUCAGCGACCAUCUACGAGCGCUUCCUCGUGCACCUGCAGGCGGCGCCCAAGACCCUCUACCAGCCCAACACGCUCUAUGUCUCGGACCAGGCGCUCGACGUGGGCGGCGUCACGUUCUGGGACGCCCUCUCGGCCGUCUCGCCCCGCAUCGCGCAGAACGACGAGUUCCGACGCCUCCGCGCCGAGUCGACGGGGCUCAUGCACGGCUCGCAGCUCCUGACCAACACGCAGGACAAGGAGGCGGGCUGGAAGCUCGACAAGUUCAAGUUCCUCCCCAUGAUGGCCGAAGCCUACCGCCGCUUCCCGGGCAAAAAGUGGUUUGUCGUGGUCGAGGCCGACACGUUUGUCUUUUGGCACCAGCUGGUCCGCUUCCUCUCGACGCAGGAUGCGGCGCGCCACCUCCUGUUUGGCCACGAGGUCCUCGUCGGUUUCGACGGUGCGCCCAACACGCCCUUUGCCCACGGCGGCUCGGGCUUUGUCGCAUCACGCGGCCUCCUCGACGCCUCGUUUGGAGCCGAUCCGGACUUUGAGCACAAGUGGGACGAUCUGCUGCUCCACAACGGCUACGGCGACGCCGUACUCUGCAAGGCGCUCUGGGACACGCCCGGCGUCAACCUCACGGCCCUGUCGCGCGUCGACGAGGUGGGCGUCGACAUGUUCCACGGGGACUCGUUCCGCGACAUCCAGUUUGGACGCUGGGACUGGUGCAAGCCCGUGCUGAGCUACCACCACGUCUCGCCCAACGACGUCGCGCGCCUCUACGACUUCCAGCGGCGCAUCGAACGCGUCCUCCCGCCGGCACCACCGGCUCCUCGAGCCUCGUCGGGGUCGUCGUCGUCGUCGGAUGCUGUCGGCAGCAGCAAUGGUGACAGCAAGGACGAGAAGCACGCGGCGGCGGCGGCCGAGUUCAACCACAUGAUCCUGCACUCGGACGUGUGGCACGAGUUCCGACCCAAGUUCCUCAAGGACGCCCUCGACCGCGUCCGCGCCAACGACGGUGCGAGCGAGGAGGUGGCGGUGCGCGGCUGGCGGUCGCUGACGCGCGACGACGACGCGCACCACGUCGAUGCGCUCGAUGCGCUCCAGUGCCAGGCCAUCUGCCGCAACGACGUCGAGUGCCUGCAGUGGACCUUCAUCCCAAACGGCCAGGAGGAGGACCUCAAGCCGGCACGCCCCGACUUGGGCACGUGCAGGUAUACCACCGACCGCAUCCGCAUCGGCACCUACCGCCCGGACCUUCCCACCCUCUUUACCGGCUGGUUCGUCAAGCGGAUCGACGACUGGGGUGUCGUCCAGGGCUGUAGCCAGCAGAGGCUGUCUGGACCCGUAUCGCCCUAG